CGUCCCUUCCAUCUUUUAGAGGUCAUUCAACAUACAAUAUUACGGAGUACAAUCCAGUGUUCAUCUUUUCUUAGAAAGAUUGCAAUUCAUGAGAGCAAAGCAAAGCAAGCAAAAUGGAUCCGAACCCCAGCCACUUUCCGAUUCUCUCAUUUGUGAUGUCCAAACUUCCAAUGAUCGGCGUUCGACCGGCCGCCGGUGCCGAUGAAUUUGACGUUGAGCAACCAAAGCCACAGUCGCCGCUGCCGCAGAAGCCCCAUUUCGAGCUCACCGAGCGGAUGCCCCACCUCACCGAUCCGAAGGUUGUUGCAGCCAUGCGUUUAGCGGUAGCUGACGUAGCGCAGGCGCGAUCUAUGCUCAAAUCCUUGGGCGAACGCCCUGAUCACGAGACAGUAGACACAGCAAAGAUGAAGCUGUCUGAGAUCGAUGCUUUCCUGGCUAAAAAGCUUGAGGAGAUCGUUCUGACAUCGCAGCCACCAGAGGCGGAUCAGCAGGAUUGGAGGUCCAAGCUUGUGGAGAAGGAGGCUGAUUGCCACAAAGAGGCCGAUAAGGAGAGGGAAAUGUACAAGGCUGUGAUUGCAUUGGAGGAGAUGCAUGAAUCGUAUGCCAGACUGUUGAAAGAGGCAGAGAAGAGGUUGGAGAAAAUUUAUCAGGUGGCUGUUUCAGGGGGUGAUGUGAACGCAGUAGCACUGGAAGAAGCCGCUGAUACGAAUCCUGCUGUGGAAGUGGAAGUGAAUGAAGAAAUUAUUUCUAUUUUGCAGGAGGCAUCAGUGAAAGGAAUCGAGAAAGUCGAUUUAUCUCGUAAACAAUUGACAUUGCUACCUGAAUCAUUUGGCAGAAUACGCUCCUUGGUUGUGCUGAACUUGUCAUAUAAUCAGCUUGAGGCAGUACCUGAUUCAAUUUCUGGUCUGGAGAACCUCCAAGAACUGUAUCUCUCAAAUAAUCUUUUCGAAUCACUUCCAGACUCUAUUGGUUUACUGUCAAAACUGAAGAUCUUAGAUAUCUCUAAUAACAAACUAGUUGCCUUGCCGGAGAGCAUCUGCCAGUGCAGAUCAUUGGUGGAGUUGGAUGCCAGCUUCAACCAACUCUCUUACUUGCCAACCAACAUUGGGUACGAACUGGUUAGUCUUAAAAGACUCCUUAUUUUCUUGAACAAACUUCGCACCCUUCCCACAUCUAUUGGUGAGAUGAGAUCCUUGCAAGUUCUGGAUGUGCACUUCAACGAGCUUCGAGGCAUUCCACAUUCAAUUGGGAAGUUGGCAGGUCUUGAGGUCCUAAACCUAAGCAGUAAUUUCAGCGACCUUACUGAACUUCCUGAUUCUCUUGGUGACUUGACAAAUCUCAAGGAGCUUGAUCUGAGCAACAACCAAAUCAGUGAACUGCCUUACUCAUUUGCCCGACUGGACAACCUUACCAAGCUCAACGUGGACCAAAACCCUCUUGUGAUCCCUCCAAAGGNUGUCUGCACUACAUACACGUACAGCCCCCCCACCACCACCCCCCAUCAAAGCAAAAUUUGGAGAUAUCCCACAUGAAUAAAGCUGCAGCUGGGUUUAUGCAUAACUCAUUUCCUUUGAUAUCCUAACUUGUAGAUACGUUCAUCUAUACUUGUAAGGCUACAUGGUGAGCUGUUUUGGGCUAUUACUGGAUAGGUUUUUUUUCAUAAGCUAGACCAAACUGAAAACUAUAGUCUAUUUCCUUCACAUGUUGAAUGAUUGAACUGCUUAUUCUUGCUUCAAAGAUUCAGCAGACAGAUUUUGAUGUAUAUGUCUCUGAGAUCUUUUCCCGUAUACCUUUCAUGGAUCUACUUUCUUUUCAUUUUUUGAUAAUAAGAAAGCUGCAGAUUAUUA